AUGUCUUCGGCCCACUACGACGGCCGUUACCACCACCACCAGCGGCCGGACCAUGAUUCGUACUACUCGAGGCAUGAACGGCCCGUCGCCACUGCCCGCCGCGAGGAGCUAGCCAUGAGGGACAGUCCCAGUAGCUACUCUCCCGCCGACUACUCCUACGAGCCCCGCGCCCCUACGCUACCCAGGCGCUCUGCUGCCCCUCCACAGUACCCCUCGCACCCGUCGUCGCGCUACGCUCGCAAGCAGACAUGGCCGCCGUCGCCGAGCGUCGAGGACGAGACGGCCGCGCUGACGAAGGAGGUGGUGUCGCAGGCCGGAGCAGGACAAGGCGCCGACGGUGAGCCGCCAGCUCACUCGAGAGGGUCUGUUGAUCAAGAGGCGCUGCUCGAGGACAUGGAAGACCCAGACGACCGUCGCUAUGUGCUGGUGUCGGACCCCAGCAUCAUCACUCCUACCGACCACCGCCGCAGGAGCUUCGCAGAGCGCGGCAACAUGGCACACAUCAAGACAGACGUAGCGGACCCGCCCAUGUUCACCGAGCGCGUCUCGACGCCCUAUGCCUACACCAAACCCCAGAGAGAAUCGAUUGCUCCCUCACGCGCAGACUUCCCGUCGCCAGACACUCUUACCCCGAUCAGCGCACGAACACCUAGAACCAUCCCAGGUCAUGAGAGCCGCCACUCGCAACGAGACCAGAAUGCGAGGCCACCAAGACCCUCGUCCAGCUAUGGCCGACAGGACUCCUACCCGAGGCCUUCCCCGACCGCCAGGGACGAUGUCUUCGACGAUUCAGACAUGGACGCCGACGACACAACGCACUUGCGUACUACAGAAAGGAAACCUGCAAGAUACAGCUUCGUCAAGAGCGAUUUGCAAAAGGACGACCUGAGAACAGACCUACGCGACAAUCACUCCAGGCCUCCAUCCCGUCGAUGCGACCACCAAGAACGAGCGCCGCCCGCUCUCCGCAAGGAUGAAUCAUCUGUCUCCCCGCUCAUCAUCAUCUUCACUCAACAACGGGACCAGGAAGUCAAGGCCGGCACCAGUGGACACGGGCUACUACAGCAGCUCGCGCGCACCUUCCCGGCCGAGCUCACCCCUCCAACGAGCCCCUUCGCCUAA